AUGGCCCCAGGACUACUUCUCGACGAAUCACCAAACACGACGGCUGAGGCUACCCAGUCUCAGGAAUUGGUAUCAGUAAAGACAAAGGCCUCCGCGCCCCAAGUCUGGAUUCCUCCGCUGUCGAUCUCGAGACGGUUAUAUGUCGGAAACGCCAUGGAUGGAUACAAGUAUGCCGACAUUGGUCGCUACCUUGGUCGAGAGUACGCAGACGUCCAGAUUCGCGACCUUUUGAACGACCCAGACGUCGAUGCUAAGCUCCGUGACCUUGCUAUCAUAAUCAGCGAGCGCGGUGUCUGCGUGUUCCGUAAUCAAGACAUCACUCCCCAGGAACAAAAAGAGUUCACCAACCGACUCGGUCAACUCACCGGCAAACCCAGCACCUCUGGAAUCCAUGUUCAUCCAAUUAACCACACGCAGCUUGAAGGCGGCAAGGUCGAUGCUGAGAUGUCCACUAUCGCUCGCAACCCAAAGAAGAUGCUGUCAAAGCAGACCGGUGUUGAUGGCAAGGCCCGUACAAAGAAGCAGUCGGCUGCUGAUGGAUGGCAUCACGACAUUGGGUUCGAGAACAACACGUCCGACUACACCUCAUUGAUCAUGAGAGUCGUCCCUGAAUAUGGAGGUGAUACAGUCUUCGCCAGUGCAUACGAAGUCUACGACAGGCUUUCUGCUCCUUACCAGAAGUUCCUGGAGGGCCUAACUUGCACGUUCCGACCCGUGGGUUUCGAAGAAGACCCAGAGGUCGCCCAUCUCUACGCUGUCCCCCGUGGAUCACCUGUCAACAUUGGCCCCAGCCUUACUGCCAUUCACCCCAUGUUGCGAUCGAACCCAGUAACGGGUUGGCGCAGCGUCUUUGGUGUCGGGCACCACGCUCAACGGGUCAACGAACUUACCGAGGCAGAAAGCCAGAAAUUGUUGAAAUGGUUGUCGGAUCUGAUCACAGAGAACCAUGACCUUCAGCUGCGCAUGAAGUGGGGUGUCAACGACUUGGCGGUAUGGGACAACCGGGCUGUUUACCACACAGCCACAUAUGAUUACGACGGCCCUCGAUCUGGACACCGCGUUGUUAGUGUGGCCGAGGCACCAUACCUGAACAUGCAUAGUGUCGGACGCGAUGAAGCUCUCAACGGAAAGGCAUAG